UACUCGGUGGAGAUCCAGUCGUCUGUGCACUGCGCUAUGCAAGUAACCUUUCCUAAAGUAUCUGUGCUGAACUUCAAUACAAUCGAAUAAGCAGCGGGCGGAUGCAUAGAACAAACAAAUAAGGCCACAUUCUUUUAUUUUCAUAAAUUAAUCUGUACGAGCAGGGCGCCGAACGACAUACGAGGGGCUCGAGGUCUAUGUGGGAUUCCACUAUCUUCAGAUGUAGGGAGCAGACAGCGAGCCCAAUGAUGUUUUAGGGUCCUGCCCACUAAACGGGUGAUCCGGGAUACCCCGGUAGGUCAGAACUAGCCUGCUUAGUGGGAACGUGGUGCAGCGCUGAUCGGGUUGCUCUUCUACAGUAUGUGCGAGAGGCAACGAGAGCGGCCUUCACCUCCAGACCAUUCCUCCUGAUGCAAGUGUCCUAGAGUAACGGUAGCCUACGAUGCAGCCUCAACCCACUCAGGCCUCUCCGUGGCCAUCACUGGGAGGAGACUGCCUACUUACAGGUACUGGAGCUGGACAAACGACCUUCUCCAGACCCCAACUCGGUGACGGCGGCAUGGCGCUGAGAGGGAAGAAGAGGCAGUUGGAGUUAGGGCCUUUCCGUGAAGGGGAACCAAGAUCUCCUCAUGCGGUAGUAUCAGACCUGAACUCUCGUUUGGCUUCCCAUACGCCUCGUCUGCAAGCUCAGGAGCCUCGGCUACCGCUGCCGAGUCUUCAAGAACUGGAGGCCAUUAAGAAAGUCGCACAGAUCCUCAUUAUGUUAGGAGACCAGGUAAUACCCGCAAUCAUAGGUGAACCUCCGAAGCACCUCCAGCCGCCUGGCGGUGUCGACGUCCCCAGCGACCCCGUCAACGAUAAACAAGAUCAACUUUAAUGUGAUUGUUUAUAGUUCAUUUUUCUUUAAGGUUUUUCAUUUAAUUACGCUCAUGUUAAUAAAGUUUAUAGUGUAAUUCUCAUAAGUACCUAUAGCUCAAGAUAAGAAAAAUAACAGCUUAAAUGGAAAAAAAUAGUUUAAAUUGAUAUUCUAAAUAUAAAGAAAUUGUAAUUCAUGA